CUAACGUUUCAAAUGCAGCUCCACAUGAAGGAUCCUGACGUAGCAUUGAAGGCUGGCCAGGUAACGGUGUUACUGAAAACAGGCACAUUUUAGUCUAGCACAGGAGUUAUUUUUUUUUGUUGCAAUUAUCUGGGAGAAAAGCGUCGAAACAAUGCCUGAACCUGCAGAUAUAAACAGUCCUGAGGUAGCAAAGACACCAGGGGGCAGCAGUGGCCCUGGGAAAGAAGACAGCAUGUUAAAUGGACACAAGGAAGUAGAAGCCAACCCCUUUGCGGAGUACAUGUGGAUGGAGAAUGAGGAGGAGUACAACAGGCAGGUGGAGGAAGAGCUUUUGGAGCAGGAGUUUUUGGAGCGCUGUUUCCAAGAAAUGCUAGAAGAGGAAGAUCAAGAUUGGUUCAUACCUUCACGAGACCUUCCUGGAGUUGGACACAUUCAGCAGCAGUUCAGUGGGCUGUCAGUCAAUGACUCGAAUGCGGAAGACAUUGCACGCAAAAGCAGUUUGAACCCCGAGGCGAAGGAGUUUGUGCCAGGAGUGAAAUACUAGGGAUCAACUGCGCUCCCUCAUAUAUAGACUCUUAUGUGACUGCUGAUGGUCAGCAGUCACACCCACCUCAUGCCUCAAUUAAAUUUGGUGUGUGUGUGUGGGGGGUUGGUUGCUCUUCUAUAAGCUUUUUAUUUUUAUUUGUCUUCAUGUGUACCCUGGGUGGGAGAUUGGGGUGGGCUGGGAAAUCCAAGUAAUGCUCCUAGUGGGCCGCUUCAGUUUGUGACUAGCUUUUCUGAGAGGCAACUAUGUUAUUUCCACUAUUGUGAUAGUGACUACCAGUUUGUCCCUGGACACUGUUUAAAAUUCUUCAAAUUCCCUUUUUUCUUUUUUCUUCCUCAUUUAGUUCCUGCCUUUUUUUUUUUUUUUUUUUUUUUUUUUUUUAAAAAGGGAGGAAAUGUGUCAUUAGAGUGGGAGGGGAAUGGGCUGGGGUGAAGGAUUGACACAGCAAAAUGGAUCAUUUCCGGGUGGACCAGUUAAAAGUGUUUGGAGCUGAUGGCAGCUGACUUCCUGUAAAGGAUUUCUAAUGUGUUUAUUUUUCUUCCUUAAUUGAAGUCCUUUCACUGUGCGAAUUGCAUUUACAAAAAUGAAGAAAAAAAAAAAGUAUAAUGAAAUAAAGAGUGGCUUUCCUCUU